GGGGACGCAGGGUGGGGUCAGCAGCAGGGAGAGGCGGAGGAGAGACUCACAGCUCGAGCCCAACCCUGAAACACGGAAACAAACACGCACUGAAAGACGACCGGGGCGACGGAAAGAGGGUUUAUUUCUCGACGCCGGGGAUAUGAUUUCUGUGAUCCGCAGAGGCAACGAGCGCAUCUUUCUCCUCUAAUACUGAGGUGGAAAAACUGACAUCGAGCUCACUGUUAUUCAAAUAUCACCCCGCCCGAUCCGAUCGACCCCCCCUCUGCUCCUCCCCUUCACCGCCGCUUAGAUACCGAGAUGCACACGGAGACUCGGAACAGAAAAUUGGUCCUCGAACACCUUAUUUGGCAGUGCAUGGAGUUAGUGGAGCGGCUCUGAGAAAAGCAAAGACAAAUGUCAGACGAGUCCGAAGAAAUCCACUGCAGCCACCUCUGAGCCUGUUGAGGAGAUGCCAUCCAUACAAAUCAAGCCGGAGCCAGAGGAGGUGGAGUGUAUGGUGAAAGAAGAGCCAUUAGACGAAUAUCCUGAGCCUACAGACCUCAAAAUCAAGUCCUCGCCCCCUCCGCUCCGUGACAUCAGCACCCAACACAACAAUGACGACCAGACGGAACCCGUGGACCUGUCCCUCAACAAGCCCCGCCCUUCCCUUCCGGUAGCCACGGCAACCUCCACCCCGGCAAACCCGCCUCCUCACAACAUCACGGUGAGCGCCACCAUCCCGGCGGUGCUGUCGCCGGGCUCCAUCCUGGCGUCCACGCAAGGGGUCGGAGGUCAGCAGAUCCUGCAUGUCAUCCACACCAUACCCUCUGUGACCAUGCCCAGUAAAAUGGGGCAGCUGCAGACCAUCCCCGUGGUGGUGCAGUCCUUACCGGUGGUCUACACAACCAUACCCACAGACGGAGUGGCUACCGCCGCCAUCACAGUACCUCUCAUCGGAAGCGACGGGCGGUCGGAGGGAUCAGUGCGUAUAAAGCCAGGCUCAACCUCUCCAGUCGAGUAUCAGUCUGAAAGUGAUGCUGAGAGUGGCACAGAGUCUGGAUCGGCCUCUUUCAGCACCCAAGGGAUGGAACCCAGUAUGAAUACAGAUGUGGACAUCCAAGUUGACCCUGACUCACCAGACAUGAAGAGAAGGCGCGUACACAUGUGCGAUUAUGACGGCUGCAACAAAGUCUACACCAAGAGCUCGCAUCUGAAAGCCCAUCGCAGAAUACACACAGGUGAAAAGCCAUACCAGUGCACAUGGGAGGGCUGUACCUGGCGCUUUGCCCGCUCGGACGAGCUGACGCGGCACUUUCGCAAGCACACCGGCAUCAAACCCUUUCGCUGCACUGACUGCGACCGCAGCUUCUCCCGCUCUGACCACUUGGCACUUCAUCGACGGCGCCACGUCAUGAUGUGAAACUCUUUGACCCCUUCCUCCCCAGCCCUCAGGAGACAUGCACGCCCAUCCAGGGGUUCCAAAUGCUAUUGACGUCACCUCCCCAGUCUCCAGAUGUGAACAUAUGUGUUAAAUAUGGAGGUAUAAGGGGUGGCACGACCAUAUUGGUUACCCCUACUGGUUAGAGCAUGGCUGCAGUUUUCUGCCAUGCCUCCAGAAGCCACAAACCACCCGUCCACUGGUGACCCCCACCGCCAUCUCAAUGCCUGAUCAUUAGCCAUUACUUGAAGGGACUACAAGAAAGGCAAACUGCACACAGCACUGCUAUAUCUAUAACAGAGAAUGAUGACUGGGGAAGGGUUGGAGAUGCAUCUACAGCUGCCUUGUUGAAUUCUUACAUUUUAUCCAAACUUUUUGUUGUACUAAAUUUGUAUACUCACGCUAGGGUUGGGCGAUGUCUACCAAAUUGGCAUCGGACGAUGUCUACAGUGAAACAUCGUGA